GUUCAAUACACGAGAGAGAGAGAGAAAGGGAGAGAGAAGCAGGGAGGAGAAGAGAGAGAGAGAGAGAGAGAGAGAGAGAGAGAGAGAGAGAAAGAAAGAAAGAGAGACCCAGCCCGGAUGCUCUGUUAUAACUAGCUAGCUGCCCAUAGUUUUAGGACCCUAAGGACGCUGCUCUGCUGGUCUACCAGUGCCCCGCUACUACUAGCAUCAGCAGCUCCGCAGCCCCAGCCUCUCCCUCCUCCUGACCGCGGGCAGCGCAGCAGCACUCCGCCGGGGCGCAGGCGCGGGGAGCGGGGCUGUAUGCUGGAGCUGCGGCUCGUAAGCAGGUCAGUUGCAUGCCGUAUCGUGACGCGUGAUGGCGGAGUGUGGCAGAAAGGGCCUGUCGCUGCUGGAGGCGGCCCGUUCGCGCUACGAGAGCCUACAGAUAUCGGACGACGUGUUCGGUGAGUCAGGGGACGACAGCAGCGAGAACCCCUUCUACAGCACCACCGGCGACUCCAACUCUGACAACGGCGGAGACGCCGAGGACACGCGGAGACUGAGCGGGACGGCGAACAGCGGAGCCCCGGGAGGCAGCCUGCAGGAGCCGGAGGCUGAGACGGAGGAGGAAGGAUGGAGGGAGAGCCUGAGGGACAUCACCCUGGCCCAGUAUAAGGACACGCACGGUCCUACUCAGAAAAUGCCAGCCACUGCCACAACCAUGGACUUCUUCCAGCUAUUCGUACCAGACAACGCCAUCCAGAAUAUGGUGACUCAGACCAACAUGUAUGCCAAGAAGUUCCAAGAGCGCUUUGGCAGCGACGAGGGCUGGACCAGCGUGAACGCGGCUGAGAUGAAGGCUUUCCUGGGCUUCGUGAUCUCCACCAGCGUGCACCGCUGUGAAUCAGUCCUCAGCAUCUGGAGCAGCGGCUUCUUCAGCAACCGCAGCAUAGCGCUCAAGAUGAGCCAGGCUCGCUUCGAGAAGAUCCUCAAGUACUUCCAUAUUGUGGCCUUCCGUUCCAGCCAAGGUGGAAACCAGGGUCUGUACAAGAUCCAGCCCUUCCUAGACUCGCUGCAGCAGAGCUUCAGCUGCACCUUCCGGCCAUCGCAAACACAGGUCCUGCACGAGCCCCUGAUCGACGAGGACCCCGUCUUCAUCACCACGUGUACAGAGAGGGAUCUGAGGAAGAGGAAGAAGAGGAAGUUCAGCCUGUGGGUUCGACAGUGCAGCUCCACCGGCUUUAUCUGUCAGAUCUAUGUCCAUCUGAAGGAAGCUCCUGGUCCCGACGGUCUGGACACCUUAAAGAAGCCACAGCUCCACAGUAUGGUGGCCAAGCAGCUCUGUCAGAACCUGUCCGGACGCAAUGCCAUCAUCUUCACCGGCCCCAGCAUCACUAGCCUCAACCUGUUCCAGGAGUUCGAGAAGCAGGAUAUCUACUGCUGUGGACUUCUGAGCACCAGGAAGAGUGAUUGUACAGGUCUGCCUCCCUCCAUGCUGCGCAACCCUGAGGCCCCCCAGCAGCGGGGCCAGUACCGCACCAAGAUGAAAGGCAACAUGUCUCUAAUCAGCUGGUACAACAAGGGCAACUUCAGGUUCCUCACCAACGCUUAUCCACCCACAAAGCAAGGUGUGAUCAUCAAGAGGAAGAGUGGAGAAAUCCCCUGUCCCCUGGCUGUGGAAGCCUUCGCUGCUCAUCUCAGCUACAUCUGCAAAUACGACGACAAAUACAGCAAGUACUUCAUUUUCCACAAGCCCAACAAGACGUGGCAGCAAGUGUUCUGGCUGACCAUCAGCAUCGCCAUCAACAACGCCUACAUCCUCUACAAGAUGUCCGAUGCCUACCACGCCAAACGCUACAGCCGUGCCCAGUUUGGAGAGAGGCUGGUCAAGGAGCUUCUGGACUUAGACGACUGCUCACCCACCCAGUGAAGUGACCAAAUGCUGUCUAACACACAUAGCAACUACUCACAGACACUCUAUCAGCAGAUUAGGCUCUCAGUAACGACCUUCAAUACCUUCUACUGUAUCUGUGAUGCACUGAACCCGUGCCAAGAGUCUGGUUCUAAAAGAUAUCUUUAUAUUAAACUCUGGGCUCAUAGUAUAUUCAACACCACACAGCCCAGUAUCUCUACAAUAACGCUUCUCCAACCGCCCCCCUGUACAUAAUACCACCCGUCCGUCUGUGUGUUCCCUUCUGCUGCAUGAUGAAAUUGAGGAUGUGUCCUUGUAAACGUGCAAUGAUUUUUAUAUCUGGAGUGAUGUAGUGUCUGUGUAGUUUGAACCCUGAGGUGAAACUGUGGAAUUAAUUGUGGAUUUGCUCUGUAUGUCGGCAGCUUAUCAGACCGUAACAUGCAGCACUGACUAAAACACAGUGAUUAAGAUCCUAAUCAGAGAAUUUGCGAAUGUAGUGUGAUUUAGACGUUCUGUCCAAACUUUCGUUAAGAGGAAAACUUCAGAGUCUUCCCAAACUUCUUAUCAUCCUGAGUUUACUAUCAUCUGUUCUUUUAGGAAGGUCUUUUACUGAUAAAACCUUGUGAUGUUGCCACUUUUAAAUCAAAUCUGCCUCUUUGCCACUUGUCUAGUGACCUGUUGAGGUACAAUAUCUGUGGCAAAACUGAUGCACUCCAUAUCUUUCCAUUGAAUUUUUGCACUUUUGAUUCUGAGGGAGACCUUUAAUACAUACUAACACAACUUUACUAAACAGGAUUCAUUUGAAUAAAGUUGAGCUCUGAUUAACUUUUUCGCCGGAGGGCAGAGCUACAUUUAACGCAAUGCAACCCAGCAUGCACUGCAGCAUGCGGGAGCUCUCUCCAUUGAAAUGAAUAGAAUGUGUCUGGGUUUAAGUUGCAGUAGACACGCACUGUAAUACAGCUGGCCAUGGUGUAGUAUCUGUGUCUUUAAGGCAAGCUCAGCACAGCAUGCGGUCGAGAGUCGACCUGUAUAGUAAACCGGAGUGUGCAUUUAGAAAUGGUAACUGGUUGCAUAAUCAAAUUAACCCUCUAUGGCAUGGUGUUGCCCUCAGGCAACAAACUACUUUUUUGAUUAUUUUACCAAUUUUAUUUUUUUCCACAAAAUGUCUUAAAAUAUUAAAAUAUCAUUUUUUUUUUACUUACUAAAACAGUGUUUUUUAUUUUUGUUGCCUCAAAGCAACAUUAUGCAGCUAGACUACUUUUGUUGAAUUUUUUUUAAAAAAAUACAGUACAGGCCAAAAGUUUGGACACACCUUCUCUUUUUCAAAGCGUUUUCUUUAUUUUCAUGACUUUACAUUGUAGAUUCUCACUGAAGGCAUCAAAACUAUGAAUGAACGUGAAGUUUUAUACUUAACAAAAAACGGUAAAACAAACUAAAAAAAUGUUUAUGUCCUAGUUUCUUCAAAAUAGCCACCCUUUGCUCUGAUUACUGCUUUGCACACUCUUGGCAUCAUUCUCUCAAUGAGCUUCAAGAGGUGGUCACCUGAAAUGAUUUUCCAACAGUCUUGAAGGAAGGAGUUCCCCGAGGUGUUUAUUAGCACUUGUUGGCCCUUAGCCUUCUUCACUCUGUGCUCCAGCUCACCCCAAACCAUCUGGAUUGGGUUCAGGUCCGGUGACUGUGGAGGAAAGGUCAUUUUUUGUUAAGUACAUAAAACUCCACACGUGUUCAUUCAUAGUUUUGAUGCUUUCAGUGAGAAUCUACAAUGUAAAUAGUCAUGAAAAUAAAGAAAACGCAUUGAAUGAGAAGGCGUGUCCAAACUUUUGGCCUGUACUGUACAUAUAGAACAUUUUUAAAUAAAUAACAUCUGUGCCAUAAAGGGUUAACACAACGUUGGGCUGUCAAAGUAUCUGUAAUGAAGACCAAACAGAAGUGAUCUGGCAGUGUAUGGAAUUGCACUCCACGCCAAGUUUCAUCCUUGUCAGUUGAUUCCUUCUGGGUGCAGCUAUUUUUUUUUUUUUUUUUUUAUCAAAAAGUGUAUAACUAAGAACGUCACAUUAACCCAGAGAAAUAAGGACAGAUUCGGCUCUUACGACAACGUGGCCUGUAAAAGGUUGGUGCUUUAUUCCGCAGCUGGACCUGUUCUCAGGUUAUCAUGGUUAUUGGAACUCCUCUGCACUGGUGUCGUCUCAGGAGAAAUUUAGAGUGUGGAUCAGACCAACACAGAAUGUAAAUACACUUCCUUGUGUUUAGUGUGUGUUUGUGUGUCUGUGUGUGGGUGUGAGAUGUAGGGGGUUGGUGUAAAUAUAAUAAUAAUAAUCUGACUGUGUGAAUUGAUUAGAGGGAAUGAUUCUAGUUUAUGAAUCUAAAUUUGCAGUGUGUAUUAGACAGAGAAAAUGGAUGUUGCUAAAUGGGGGUGCAAGAGAGUCUUUGAAAUGAAUAAUAAUAAUAAAUCAGAGAGUUGCUCUGUCCUACACUGUAAGCACUGAUGAAAUUGAGGAAACUGCCAUUGAGUUAUGACUGGAAUAUGAUGGGCAAUUCUAACCUGUAGAAAUGUAGUCAUUGUUAGUGAUGCCAUAUAAAAUCAAAUCCACCUUUAGUUCCUGAAGCUCCUGAACUCCAGGUUUAUAAAGCAUAGUUUAACUUUGGUUUAUCCCCUCAGGUAGUGUCGUUCCUGCCUCCAUAUCACUGUGCUAUACAGUAUAGCCACAUAUGGCACUGACCCUCCUGUCCAUCAGAUUUGAUGUCUGAAGGGUAGUGGAUGUAGUCUGAAAUGCACUGGCAGUUGUUUGGAAUUGCACAAAUAUAGUUUGUAUUUAUUUAUCACAGAUGAACACAUUAUUAUUAGGGAAAACACUGGAAACACUGGAUAAGUGAGUAGAUGCUCCUCUAGUUUUAUCGACCACCUCUUAAACUUUUCAAACAUUUUACAUUUCUUUAGAGGUGCACUGAUCACAGUAUGUUUUAAAUAGCUCAUUCUUCACAAUCAAAUUUCUUAACCAAAUUUCUUAACAAAUCAGCCACUGGCUGAUUUUUUAAAAAUGAUUUUAUUAUCCUUUUAAACCUGAAGCUCACACUGUAUAGACUAGAUAUGAACAGAUCAGAUCAGAGAAUACCAAAUUUCUAGUUCUUAUUACCAAAGUAGCAAUAUAAUCAGCGCUUAUAAACAGCGCUUAUAAACAGCGCUUAUAAACAGCUCUGGAGCUCUUUAAUGGGUCAACCUGGCAUUUUAAAUCUUUAAGCCAAAAUAUUGCCAUAGAAUCAAAUAACAUUAAAUAAAUAUAAAUCUUAAAAGAGCUUCUAAGUAAUAUAAUUAUAUCAAUAUAAUGUAUAAGCCAAUUGCUUGUUUAAAGCAAAAAUUGGCAUUUUUUAAAAAUUGUCUAAAGUAGAAUUGCUCCCCACACUUCAACACGCUCUCAGUGUAACUGAGAUUUAAAUAUGUUUACUGAAAUUACAAAAAAUAAAACCUAGGCAAGAGAUCCUGCACCUGCUGUGUUGGAGUAUUCAGAAGAGAUUAUAUAUGGCCAAUAUGGGGCUUUAUUUGUUCCAUUGCCAUAAUGUAACUUUUCCACAUAUGGUACAUGCUAAUGCCAGUAUAUAAAUAUUAAUAAAUUGUUAAAUAUUGGGAAAUCUACUUCAGCAUUACAGAGAACUGCACAUUUAUUCAUAUAUGACUAUUUACAUUUCUAAAUUGUGGAUUUGCUCUAAAAUGACUUCAAUUAAAUCAUUUCACUUUGACAUUCCAUUACCUAUUAAUUGAAGUCACUAUUUCGAAUAUUUUUCUUUAUCCCAUGACAGCAACAAAAUGCAGAAUAUUGAAUAAAUUGCAGUAAUAAUAUGUGCAGUAAUCAUCUCAAAAUCAUCUGAACAUUCUGCUCUUCUUGAGAUUAAUUAUAAAACAACAGCAUUAAAUAUCAGCCAUAUGUAAAAGUUUGGCCAGUGCACAUCAGUUUUAAUGAGUUUAUUAUUUGUGCACCCGUGUUAUUGUGGGAGUGAAGGGGUACAUCAGUUCAGAACGCACCAGAACAGUGGCCAGAGGUCAGUGUAUAUCAUAUGUGCAUAUGAGCACUUCAUGUUAACUGGCUGCGUAACAUAUUUUGGUUCAUAAAUUCCAUAAAAAAAAUAAUAAUAAUAUUAAGAAUGAAAAAUGCAUGGCUGGUAAAGAACUGCAAGGUAUUUCUGUUCUCAGAGCAGCUGAUUAUUGUUUAUUAAUUACUGUUGUAAGAGCAUUCACCAUCUACAUGCUUCUAUUUACUCCUGGAUCUGUGGACUAUAAAUGGAACUUGUCACUGCUUAAAUUGUUGAAUUCAGUGGGAACUGACCUGUUCACCGGACUGCUGUUCAUUUCCCAUCCACUCCCACUCUCCUGGCCAAUAUUCCUCCUGUCCAUUUGGUGAGAAAAUGAACAGCAUGCGUAGAAAAGAAUCGGCUCACGUCCCUCCUCAGUCCGUUCUGAUCCAGUUAAACAUGUGCAUGCACUUUAGAUAUAGCUUCAUGUCCAGUCUGUAAAAAAGCGCAAUAUUUUAAUGAACAUACAGUAAAUAUACAGUAUAUUUGAGCUAUUUUGUACCUGUAUCUGUUUUCUUUUUGUUGGAAAUCAAGAGAAAUGUUUUAUCCUUUUCUAGAUGUCUUUUUUUGAUGAAAUACUUUUGAUGUGACCAGUGAUGCUUCAUUUUACUUCAUUUAACUUAAUUAUCUUUGAUUGUAUUUUCUGUUGGAAACAUUUGUGUUUUAUUUUUAUUUUGUAUGUAUUUAUGUAAAUACUGAUUUCAGUGCAGCUUCCACAUCAUUUCAUUGCAGAGUGUUUUUGUACUAAUAAUCAAAUGCAUUGUCUGUAAUCUUAUGUAACAGGUGGAUUUUGACCGCCUGCACUGCUUAUCGAAUAAUGAUGCAAAACUGUAUUAAUAUUUACUAAUCUGUCCUCUUUCUGCAGUUUUGGAAAGAAUUGUCUUUGUUGGUGUGCACUAGGCCUGUCACAAUAACCAAAUCUUUUGGACGAUAUAUUGUUCCAGUAAUUUUAAAUGAGGUAAAUGUAAUUUUUUUAACCAUUUUAAGACUAGAUUAUUCAACUGAUACAGUAUCAAUCAAUCUUGUUUCUAUACUCAUUAUUUAUUUAUUUAUUUUAGCUCAACUGAUCAUAUAGAAGCACUUUGUAGUUUUCUAUAGUUGUAGACUGUAGUCCUGUAUCUUUUUCUUUGCAUACUGUAUUGUCUUUGUUUCACCCUCUUCUUCAAUAUUCAGGACCCCACAGGAUAGACCACCACAGAGCAGCUAUUAUUUAGGUGGUGGGUCCUUUUUUUCUCAGCACUGCAGUGACUGAGGUGUGACUGUGUGUUGGUUGUGCUGUGUGUCUGAGUGGAUCAGAUGCAGCAGUGCUG